AUGAUCUCGUUUAUGACCGGAUGGGGUUGUCUUGCGAGUGAAGCAGCACAGCUUCUCAAGAACAUAGCGCAGUGCCACCAUCGUCGACCACCGACGCUAGCGGCACUGGCACCGCCCACCGUCUUCAGGGGGGCCAAGCCCUCGAGUCUGGGGAAACAAAAUGGUCUGGCACUCGAAGUGUUACCAACUUCAAACCUUCGAGCCUGGCGUCAAGUUUUGUUUGGAACCAUAGAACAACAACAACAACAACAAAAACAACAACAACAACAACAACAACAACAACAACAACAACAACAACAACAACAACAACAACAACAACAACAACAACAACAACAACAACAACAACAACAACAACAACAACAACAACAACAACAACAACAACAACAACAACAACAACAACAACAACAACAACAACAACAACAACAACAACAACAACAACAACAACAACAACAACAACAACAACAACAACAACAACAACAACAACAACAACAACAACAACAACAACAACAACAACAACAACAACAACAACAACAACAACAACAACAACAACAACAACAACAACAACAACAACAACAACAACAACAA